GAUCUUCUUCCUUACUUUUCCAUAUCAAAAAGCAAACCCAUUUCUUCAUCUUUCACAAAUCAAGAACCAGAAUUUCCGCCAUGAAAGAACAGAGAAGAAGCAAAGCUAUGGAAGAAGAAAGAUUCAAGAAUUUCAAACCUGAUUUUAAUUACUCAGCUUCAUCAGAUUUUCCUUGUAAAGAUCACCCUUUUUCUUCUUCAAUUGGAAUCUGUUCUUUCUGUCUUAAAGACAGGUUGAUGAAUCUGAUCUGUUCAUACUGUGGUGAACAUCAACGUCUAUGUUCUUGUACUUUCUCUGAUCCGCCGUCGCCGGAUGUCGGGAGUGUAGGCAGAAUCUCAUUCCUUAUAGAAAAUGAAACUGAAAAAAACCCAUCUCAAUUGAAUCUGGGAUCUCUUGAGUUACAGAGGAGGAGUGUUGAAGAGAAGAAAGUUAGUGGGUUUGGUAAAAUCGGGAGAUUUUUCAUCAGAAAGAAAGUAGCCAUUGAUGAGCUGAUGUCAAGAUCAAGGUCUCUUUGUAGUUUCAGAGGAGGAAGUUUUAGAGAUCAUGAAGACAGCAGUGAUUUCACUUUCUCAAGUGAUGUUAAUGGAGGUUCUAUGAUUGAAUCAGCUAGAGUAAGCUGUUUCAGCAGUGAGACAGAACCAAGAAAGAGUGGAUUUGAAAAUGGUACAACAACCCGGAUGAGACAGAGUGAAUUUAUUGACAUAAGUGAUGAUUCUGGUUUUAUUGAUUUGAAGUUGGAUGUUUCAUCAAAGGCUGAGUAUGGAAGUUGUAUUGAGAACAGAGAUGAUGGGGAUGGAGGAAUGAUGAAGGAGAAGAAGAAGAAAAAGAAGGGGAAGAAGGUUUGGAAAUGGAUGGUUAAGUAUCAUUCAAAGUGAUGAUCUUUUUUUGUUUGAAAAUGAAAUCAAUUCAAUUAAAGAUGUUCUUGGGAAGAAGAUAUUAUUCUAUUAAUGCAAACCCUAUUCUUGAUUUUUCAAACAAAGUUUAGAAUAUGAAUCAU